UCUCAAGCGUGAUAAGAUAUAUAUUGACUCCCACAUUACAUUACACUUAUCUUUCUCUCAGAUGCCCGGUUCCACGUGGCGGCAUUUCCUCCAUUGCUUUCAUUCUCUCCUUGCCCUUAGCUUCUUCCCAGUGGAGCUUCAUUGCUUGGUCUGUACUGUAUUUUGGACUCCAGCAUCUUUAAUUCUCCUCUCAUCUCAUCUCCCUCACUUUAUAUGCCCUCCCUCAUUAUUCAUUAUAUUGUGUGAAAUGGAAACCCUAUCAUCUCUCUCAUCUCAUCUCAUCUACCUUAGCUUAGCUUGGGCGGCUAAGUAAUUAGAGACCAAACCCCCCAGGCCAACUUUUCUGCUACUCCAUCAGAUCAGAUCAUAUUUGUGCCAUACAUAUAAUACAGAAUUUGAUGUGGAAGAAAGCAUGAGAGACAUAAGAUGAUUACAACAGAAGUAGAUUUUUCUGCGACAACAAAACCGGAGGAGGGGAACACAAGCAGCGACCAUAGAAAUGUGAAUCUUAAUAAGGUUUCUGCUGCUAUAGCUGCUACUCCGACAUCAUCGGCGUGGACGAGGCUGAAGGAUCCGAGGAUUGUUCGCGUGUCGCGGGCAUUCGGCGGGAAAGAUCGGCACAGCAAAGUGUGCACCGUCCGAGGAUUAAGAGACCGGCGAGUGAGGCUUUCGGUGCCCACUGCUAUUCAAUUAUACGACCUCCAAGAUCGGCUGGGCCUAAAUCAACCCAGUAAAGUUGUUGAUUGGUUGCUUAACGUUGCCAAGAAUGAAAUCGACGAACUGCCUCCUCUCCAGCUGCCUCCCACCGGAAACUUCAACCCCAAUCUUCAACAAUGGCUUUGUUCCGCCGCCGCCGCCGCCACCGCCGCCGCCGAAUCUCAUGGUGUCAAAGAAGGGGUUCCCCUCGAGCCACCCACCAACCACAAGUCGUCUAAAGAGAUAGCAGAAGCCGAUAAUGAUGAUAGUCAAGAUCAACAUAAUCCCAACAAAAUUAAUCUGUUGCCCAGAUCACAUAACUCUUCUUCUUCUUCUUCUCUACCGAAUCUGAUGAUGGGUAAUGCAGCGCAGUUCAAUUCUUUCCUGAGAUGGGAUCGUCAUCAUCAUCAUCACGGAGGUGUUUCAGAAGAUUUCCACAACUUUAAUGUUUUGCCAUUAUCUUCUCCAUCUGGAUUGCCCCAUUCCUUUUUCCACCACCCACAAACCAUUAUUGGCGGCGGGGAGUUUGAGCCCAGUUCCAGGCAAAUCAUCAACUUCCAGAUGUUGAGUUCCGGUGGUUCGCAGCAUCCUUCCCCGGCUUUGCUCCGGCCGCCUCCCAUUCACGACUUCACAACCCAUUCUCUCAGGCCGUUGCGUUUUCUAGCUCCCCAUAACCACACUGGGAGCAACCCAAGUAAAGAUCCAGAAUGAUCGAGUUUCACUCCAGUUCAAAUACUACUUGUUCUUUAAUUUCUGAGAUCAUAUGUGGGUUGGAAGCAAAAUCGUUGUUAGGAUAAAGGG